GAAAACCCGUUACGUCAGCCUGACAAAUAGAUGAGAAUUUCGAAAAGACUACACCUGAAACUGUGUCUAGUGAUUUGUGAUACAUUUUCUAACCUUACAGGAGCAGGAUAUAAGUGAAUUUUAUCGUUCAUUUUUUUUGUGUGUGGAUAUUGUAGUGCUUGUAUUUCAUUGUAGUUGAUUUUAUGGGUUCGUUAUUUUAUGAAGCUAUCUGGGUCAACCCAGCAACGCAUUUGAAGACAUAGUUGAUGAAUGAGGAGGUCGUAGUCCUAGUCCUGGUCUUACAUCUCGCAAGAAAUGGACAGCCGAUCAACAAGAUCCUUAAUGUUUUUUGUUUUAGGUAAGUAUGAAACUUUGUAUUUCUUGAACACAAUUUUCAGCUUCAGGUAUGAAUUUUAGGUAACCUGUUUGUAAUUAAAUGGACACAUCGGAUGAGACAUUAUAUUAAAUUUAACUUUUGAGUUUAACAUUAACAACUCAUUAACAGAAUCAUGAAUUCGUUUUCACUUACACUAUUAAAUCUAUAGAUCUAUGGGAUGCUAUUAAUAACUAUUAUUAUGUAUCAGUUUAUAUUAUGAAAUCAAGAAACUCAAUCAGUUAUGACAAUAAUUAAAUUUGAGGUAAAUGUAUUGAAAUCACUAGGCCAAAUUAGUAGCUGCCAGUGUUGGGUUAAUUGGAAUCAUAUUUUAGUGACAUGCUAAGGCUAAUGCUACGCCUAACAUGGUAUUGUCCGCUGUCUGGAUCAAUAAAAAUAAUAAUUAGGGACUAACUUCAUUUCAUACUCUUGGUGACCUCUGUAAUCUGAAUGUGAACUGGGCCGAUGUUUAUUUGCCCCUUGAUAAUUCAUUUUGGGACUGCUUGUUGAUGUUGUUAAUUUAUUUGAUGAUAUUGGGUGGGGGGAGGAGUGCAAUGUUCCUCUAAGGUUUGCUGGUUCGUGUGGAAAAUUAUACAGUUGUGGGCAAAGUUUUACAGCAUCAAUUUUUGUGUGUGCCACAUUUUACAGCCCACAAACACAUAAUUACAUGGAAAUUUGCUGCGCGGAUACUCAACAAUGCUGCGCGGAUACUCAAAACUGCUUCGCGGAUACUCAAAUUUGCUGCGCGGAUACUCAAAACUGCUGCGCGGCGUCUGUGAGAUUACUGCGCGGCCGCGCAGCAUAAUGUUCAUUUUAUUUCGGAAAAGGGUGAGGGGUGUAAUGUACCCAUGUUUGUCACAAAAUUUGUAGCAACAUUUGUCGCAAUAUUCGUCACACAUUUGUCACUUAUAAAAAUAAAACAAAAAUACAGGCAAACUUAGGGAGAACUGUUUGCCUUCAUGGGUGAGUCACAUACAUACUUUUCACGAUGCGAACAUCUGCCCACGUUUUAACCCCUUCCCCCCCCCCUUCCCCCCGUCACACCAUUUUGUUGCUCUUUCAAACCAAUGUUAUUUCCUGCCCAUUGAACCCAUUUCCCCAGACAUCACAGCUGACUGAGACCCCCUGGCCCGGAAUGGCCUUGGCCCUCUACAACCCCAACUUCGCGAAGCUCCAGAUCAACAAGUUCAAGGGCACGUGCACCACGUGUCACAGGGAAAGCUACUCCGCCAAGAGGUGCACCCGGUGCGGCAUCGCCAGGUACUGCAACAAGACGUGUCAGGGACAAGACUUCGUGCAUCACAAAAAUAUCUGUGGUAAGUUGAAGGUGUCUGACAGUAGCAACGGUAUGCUUCCCGUCAAGCUGACUUUGUCAGACGCAGAUGUUCAUGGAGAUUGCCUUCAAGCUGACUUUGUCAGACGCAGAGUUAUAUUACAUAAUGAUUCUCAAAAUCUAAUCUAGGAAUCGUUGAAAAGAAGAAUGAAUGAACUAACCAGGGACGUGUGUCCCCAUUGCUUAAACAGCUAAUGAUUGAAGUAAGCACAUAAUUAAAAACGGUUUUUACAAAUGGAAACGAACAACAUACAAAAGAGUUCGUACUUUCAAAUUCCGUCCUUGUAUUUACAUUUAACCAAUGAAAUAAAUGCCGUAUUUAUGCUUAGUCUGUUACAUAAACAGUAUUUACACUAAAACCAGUAAAAUAAACAUUGUAUUUACACUUAGCCUGUUAAAUAAACAGUAUUUGUACUUGCCAGGUAAAUAACUACCGUAUCAUAUUUAGUCAGUGAAAUAAAUUAUAAAUAACUUAAUUAUGCCUAGCCAUUAAAAUAAAUAUUGUAACGGGAAAUUUCACUGUUUUUUUUAUUCUUGGGGGCAAAAAAUGAAAUAUUUAUUGAAUGUAAAAUGUAAGAAAUUUGUUUGUUCCGUUAAACUAUUUUUAAAAAAAAAUAUGUCCUUAAAGUUUAUGAACGUAUUGAAAAGUAACAACGUUCAACGAAAUACAGUUGCCAGAUUUUUUUUUUAAAAAUCUUUUGGGGGGAACAAUGACUAAAGAUAAGCAUGUGUGCCAAUAAGGGUGGUGGGUAAGACCAUUGUGAUUAAAGAGAAACUGUUCCUUUGGUUUACAGAGUGGUUCAAAUAACGACAUUGAUAUUAUUUUUUUUUUUGGUCAUGGGUUUUAGUUUCAUUAUUGAAACAUUUCAGUAAAAACGUCAUUUAGAUCAGCAAUCGUAUCGCCAUGUUUCCCCAGUCAGAAUCUCACAGUUUGAACAAGCCAAGGACAGGAUCGACGCCACCUUGAGGCAAGAAAUCUUCCAGCGAGCCCGAUACAUCGGAAUCUCUUGUUUCCUGGGAAGCUUGCCGGACCGGACACGGUGUUCGUAACCAUCACUAUUUGCAUAACUCAAAUGCUAGCAGUGGGGAUGACUACGUGUAGUGCCAGUGGGCCUAUUUUUUUUUACUGGAAGAGUGGGGGGGGGGGGGUUUGCUUGUUGAGACAGUAACCUAUUUGGGCAGUACGUGAUGGCCGCUUUUAGAGUCAGUAACCUAUUUGGGCAGUACGUGAUGGCCGCUUUUAGAGUCAGUAUCUUAUUUGGGCAGUACGUGAUGGCCGCUUUUAGAGUCAGUAACCUAUUUGGGCAGUACGUGAUGGCCGCUUUCAGAGUCAGUAACCUAUUUGGGCAGUACGUGAUGGCCGCUUUCAGAGUCAGUAACCUAUUUGGGCAGUACGUGAUGGCCGCUUUUAGAGCCAGUAACCUAUUUGGGCAGUAAGUGAUGGCCGCUUUUAGAGUCAGUAACCUAUUUGGACAGUAAGUGAUCGCCGCUUUUAGAGUCAGUAACCUAUUUGGGCAGUACGUGAUGGCCGCUUUUAGAGUCAGUAACCUAUUUUUUUUGUUUUGUAAAAUGUGGUCGUUGGUAUGUUCAGUUACUUAUUUUAGCAGUAAGCGAUGGCGGCUUGCAUGGUCAGUAACCUUAAUGACAUUGAUCAAUCACCAAACUCAUUGGUUCAUUAACACGCUUUUAGAAUGGAAAAAUCAUGAAGCAUUUGGGGUGUUUGUGAUGAAAUAAUAUCAAUAUUCAUUCAGACGUUUUUAUUUGUCUAAUUUACGCGGGGGAACGUGAAGGCAUGCAGUAAAAGUAAACUUUGCACAACGCAUAUCAAUGAACAAGAGGUUACAAUUUAGCAACGCAUUAUUAAAAAGAACACUAAUUGAAAUUCUAGAUAACCCGGCAAAUAAUGAUUUGAUGAGUUCUCUCCCUUACUCAAAUCAUCUCCGGCUUUAAGAAAUAUUUUUUUUUUUUUUUUUUGUAAUUAGAGUAUGAAUCGCAGCUUUUGUAAUCCGUAAAAUUUUUUAACAUUAACUUUGUUGUCUUUUACUUUUUCUACAUUAACUCCAGUAUUAUUAUUUUUUUUUUUAAUUUGUNGGAAUGUUGACCUUUUCCUCGACCCUACGUUGACAGAUGCUCUGAUUGGCCAGCGUGUUGCUGUCGUUGUACACAUCAUGGAAUCCACCGUGGACGAGAGUGCCGAGAUUCCGUCGUGUUGCAUCGUCCGAGUGCGGGUGAGUGGACUUUGGGGGGGGGGGGUGUUGUAGUGACGUUGACGUGCGGGACGUGUAUUGGCCCUGUAGGAAACACUUUAUGACAACUUGCCCGUGUUCUAGAGCUCUUUUCUUGGGCUAUUCGAAUGAAUUCACCAGCUUCACCAAACCCCUCUGACUUGGACAUAACAUCUGACCUUGACAGUACAUCUUUCCUUGACCAGGCCGACUGACACCUACAACCCACCUGACCCACCUUGCUCGGGCCAUCUGACCUUGACCAUGUCAUCUGACCUUGAUCAGCCGAUCUGACCAUGACCAAAUCCAUCGGACCUUGACCAGCCCAUCUGACAUGGAUCAGACCCUCUUGCCAUAGCAAGCAGUGUUGUGAGUAAACAAGAGUCAUUGCCUGUAUACAAGUUAUCACUUUAUCUGUUUGAAAUGUCGGUCAUGUUCUAGAUUAAAAUUUUGGAGUGUUCUUCAAUGGAUCUGGACUUAACGUUUUUCACCCUUUCACAUCCCGAAAACUUGUCGUGAACUCAUUACCAUCCAGCCCCAUCACCAUCCACUCCAUUACCAUCCAACCCCAUCACCAUUCACUCCAUCACAUCCACUCCAUCACCAUCCACUCCAUCACCAUCCACUUCAUCAUCAUCCACUCCAUCCCCAUCCACUCCAUCACUAUCCACUACAUCACCAUCCAAUCCAUUACCAUCCACCCCAUCACCAUCCACUCCAUCGCCAUCCACUCCAUCGCCAUCCACUCCAUCACCAUCCACUCCAUCACCAUCCACCCCAUCACCAUCCACCUCAUCACCAUUCACCACAUCACCAUUCACCCCAUCACCAUCCACCCCAUCACAUCCACCCCAUCACCAUACACCCUCAUCACAAUACACCCUAAUCACAAUACACCCUCAUCACCGUCCUCCUUCCAUCACCAUCCAGCCACAUCACCAUCCAGCCUAAUCGCCACCCAGGCACAUCACCAUCCAGCCAAAUCGCCAUCCAGCCACAUCGCCAUCCGCCUCACUACCAUCCAUCCACUCGUGUGACCUAUUGGUCAUGUACUUACUAACGACAUGGUCCUCUGAUUCACCAGGAUGUCAUCAACGAAGAUGCCAAUGUCAUCUUCAUCAUCAAAGAUGCGCUCCAGGCUAUGCAGCUGGUGUUCCUACUGGGAGUGGCCAACUUCAUGAUCCUACUGAACGUCCCCUUCCUGGUGCCCUCCACGGAAGGAAAGACGGGCAAUAUUUUUGUGAUGCACGUGAAUCAAGUGAGCUUCAUCAUAUAACAAUGGACAGAUCACCAGCAGCUUGUUUCUAUAGCAAUGGACAGAUAACAGCUUGAUGCAAUAACAAUGGAAGGCAACCACGAGCUGCUUUAUUUCACAACAAGAUAACGGAGACAGCUUUAGUAACAUUGUUACAUCUGAUCAACUGGGGCUCUCGGCAGACAGCUUUUGUAACAUUGUUACAUCUGUUCAACUGUGGCCCUCGGCAGACAGCUUUUGUAACAUUGUUACAUCUGUUCAACUGUGGCUCUCGGCAGACAGCUUUUGUAACAUUGUUACAUCUGUUCAACUGUGGCUCUCGGCAGACAGCUUUUGUAACAUUGUUAUAUCUGUCCAACUGGGGCUCUCGGCAGACAGCUGUAGUAACAUUGUUACAUCUGUUCAACUGUGGCUUUCGGAAGCAACUUAAAAAAUGCUUGCUGCAUCACACCCCUUAAAUAUGUCGGAGAUAAUUGUUGGUCCUCUACAUAUUCUCAAGAUAAACAAGAGAGUUUUAAUUUACCUCUACCAGCAGUGUUUCAUAUACUACUGUACAUACUACUGCAAUUUCUCAGUCAUAUACUACACCACAUACUACUGCACAUAAUAAUGUACAGACUGCUGUUAAAUACUACUUCACAGACUGUUUUACAUACUACUACACAUAUCACUGUACACACUACUGUACAUACUACAGCACAUACUACUGCACAUACUACUCCACAUACUACUCCACGUCCACAUACUACUAUAAAUUUGAUAUGCUAAUGCGUUUUGGUUUGCUUAUUCUUGCCCGGCUCAAAGAAAUUUGCGCCCUUGGCUUGGCUUAUAAAAACACCCAUUGUAUUACCGGACACAUUAUUAUUUGUACAAAAUAUUAUUUUAUUAAUGUUGAAAUGAUUUUUAACAGUACCUUCAAGCUCCAUUAUUUCAUGAAUUUCUGCCAAGCCCAGUAACUGUGUCGCUAUACAAUACAGUAUCCUUACAGAGGGUGUAUUUGGUAAAUAACAACUAUUAUUAUGUUAUGUGGCCUACCCACAAGUAAUAAAUUACGCCUUCAUAUUUUAUUUAUGUUUCAUUGUUGCAAUCAUCGUUAUGUUCAAGGAACUGUAACAAUUUUGUUAUUAAAUAGUUUUGGU